GGCGCUGGCUGGAAUCCUGGAGCGGGUGCCUCCCUCGCCGCCGCGCGCCCUCGUCCUGCCCGCGCUGCCCGGCUCCCGCUGUGACUGCGGCCCCAGCUCGGGCGCACCGGCGAUCUGCAGCCUCGGGAUCGCGCGCUGGACGCAGGCUGCGGCAGGUGACCCGGGGCCAUCAGAGGCGCGGUGGCUUUGAGCCUGGCCGCCAUCCAUGAGCUCCGCCGCGGACCCACUCCAGGCCGGCCACCCCGGAUCUAGUUCAGUUGUCCGUGUUUAACUCUGAUCAUGGGGAGGAAGCUGGACCUGUCGGGUCUGACGGACGAUGAGACCGAGCACGUUCUCCAGGUGGUGCAGAGAGACUUCAAUCUUCGCAAAAAGGAGGAGGACCGGCUAAGGGAGAUGAAGCAGAGGCUGGCCGAGGAGAACAACAAGUGCAGCAUCCUCUCGAAGCACCAGAAGUUCGUGGAGCGCUGCUGCAUGCGGUGCUGCUCCCCCUUCACCUUCCUGGUCAACGCCAGGCGCUGCUGCGGGGAAUGCAAGUUCAGCGUCUGCAAGAGCUGCUGCUCCUAUCAGAAGCAUGAGAAGCUAUGGGUUUGCUGUGUCUGCCAGCAAGCCAGGCUUCUGAGGACACAGUCUCUGGAGUGGUUCUACAACAAUGUGAAAAGUCGCUUCAAGCGCUUCGGCAGUGCCAAGGUGCUGAAGAACCUGUACAGAAAACACCGUCUGGAGAGCGGUGCCUGCUUUGACAUCCUAGGAGGGGGAUUGUUUGAACCCAACCUGGAGAAUGAAGGGAGCAUUUCAGGAAGUGACUCCACGUUCUACAGGCAGUCGGAAGGGCACAGCAUGAUGGACACCUUGGCUGUGGCCCUACGAGUGGCAGAAGAGGCCAUCGAGGAGGCCAUUUCCAAAGCAGAAUCCCAUGGGGACAGCCUGGACAAACAGAACGAGGCCAGCUACCUGCGGGACCACAAGCAAGAGCUGACUGAGGAGCUGGCCGGCACCAUCCUGCAGAGGAUUAUAAGAAAGCAGAAGGAUAAAGCUGAACUGCGAGCCGAGGAGGAGGAGCCCGAGUGGCCACGGCCCCAGAGUGGCAGUGUGAAGGCCAGAGGUGAGGGGACCACGGCCCCUCCAGGACGACACAAAGCACGUGCCACCUUCGGGAGGUCGCAGUCCGCGUUCGCCUUCAGUACGGAAGAUGCUCUGAAGUCCGGUUCAGCAGAGGCAGCACCAAGGCAACCCAAGGACCGCGCCCAGCGUCUGCUGGAGGAUUCUGCUCUGCCCAGCUGGAGGAGCAUGGACGGACUGGACAGACUGGACGGAACAAAUCUGGCCCCACUUUUGCAGAGCCCCGAUGGGAACUGGAUGACCUUGAAGGAUGGUAGUAGACAGCCCCCAACCCGCCUGCUGGCCAAACCGAAGAGCGGAACCUUUCAGGCCCUGGAGGUGGCGUCCAGUGUGACAUCCGCCUAUGAUGAGAUCGGUUCUGACAGUGAGGAAGACUUCGAUUACAGCGAAGCCUUAAAUAAGCUGUGCCCACCAUCCCAGGGCAGGCUCAAGCAACCCCAGCCCCAGCCUACACAGGCCCAGAGUUCUGGCCAAGGUCCCUUAGCCACCUCUCCCUCAAACCCUGAAGCGAUGUGCUCGGAUUCAGAGACAUCCUCCACCAGCUCAUCUCGGGAAGCUGGCUGCCGGGCUAAGCUGUCCUGGCUGCAGAGGAAGGCCCCCAAGAACCCCGCAGUGGAGAAGAUGCACCUCCAGGGAGAGCUGGACGUCAAUUUCAACCCUCAGGCAGCCGGUGGAGAGACUUCCGACAGUAGUGAUCCAGAGGAGACCCUCCGCACUGCAGAGCGCCGGGCCAGGAGGUGGAGAAGGGCCCGAGUAGGCCCCGAGGAGUCAAACAGGGGUCUGCCUUCACCUGGCGCCCAUCCACGGGCACUGCACACGGCUCAGGUAUCAGAUGAUGUGUCAGAGACUGACAUCAGCAAUGAGACUCAGAAUUCCCGGUCCAGCACAGACUCAGUAGAGGAGAAGCUGAGAGACAGACUGUAUGAGUUAGCCAUGAAAAUGAGCGAAAAGGAGACGUCUCCUGGGGAGGAUCAGGAGUCCGAGGCCAAGGCCGAACCUAAGAACCUGAAGGGAAGUCUCUCUUCUGAGGAGAACAACCAGGGUGUCCAGGAGGAGCUGAAGAAGAAGUGUUCUGCUGUUUCUCUCUGCAACAUCUCCACAGAAGUCCUGAAGGUCAUCAAUGCUACCGAGGAGUUGAUUGCAGAGUCUGCAGGGCCCUGGGAGAUCCCCCCAGUCUCCACUGACAGAGAAAACGGGAUGUUUCCUCUUGGGACAGACCAAGUGAGACUGGACAAGCAGCUGACGUCCUUGGAAGAAAACGUGUACCUGGCAGCGGGCACCGUGUAUGGGCUGGAGGGCCAGCUGAGUGAGCUGGAAGACGCUGCCCGCUGCAUCCACAGCAGCACAGGCGAGACGGAGCUAGCAGAACUGGAGGACCAGGUGGCUGCAGCUGCAGCCCAGGUGCACCACGCUGAACUCCAGAUCUCUGACAUCGAGAGCCGCAUUUCAGCCCUGACCAUCGCUGGUUUAAACAUAGCGCCGUGUGUUCGUCUCACAAGAAGACGAGAUCAGAAACAAAGGAGCCAGGUACAAACUAUAGACACAUCGAGGCAGCAGAGGAGGAAACUGCCCGCCCCUCCUGUGAAAGCUGAAAAAAUCGAAGCAUCUUCCGUGACCCCCAUUAAGACAUUCAACCGCAACUUCCUUCUCCAAGGCUCCUCCACAAACAGGCCCACAGCAAGUACCGGUGACACCAAGGACUUGAUGGAGCCUGUUCUGGAGUCAGCUGUGAUGUACUAAAGCACGAACGCCACACACAGCCAGUGACCCACUGCCUCCGGCCGUACACGACAGUGCCUUGACCCAACAGCCAUCGAGUACUGUGUGGAUUUCCACUGAGGCGAGGGCCUGGGGGGCGGGGUGAGGGGGCUGCAGUGCACUGCUGCACCGGGCUGUCCUGAUACCCCACCCAGAAGGCCAUCUCAGUCCGCAGCACUGAGGUCUCGCCCACUCUCUGCCUUAGGCUCCCGAGGGAAUCUGAGACCGAAUAUCCAGACGCUGGCUUCCAAUAGCAGAGCUCUGUGUUCACAAGAUGCAUUGCGCCUAUUUAAUUUGCUCUUGUGUGCUGUCUUUACCAGCCCCGUGUGUUUUUAAUCCCUUUAAUCCCGUCAACAGUUCAUCCUACAGAAAACUGCUGGAGAGGAGCUGGGGGCUAGGAAGGCGGGUCAUUACCAUCGCUUACUCAUGCUUAUCAUCUCCUAAACGAGGCUAAGAGUGAGCAGGGGGCACUAGAAACAGUCUCAUUUGGAAAAUGCUUGGCCACCUCCAGCUAAGCUCCCAGCCCCCAGCCCCAUGCCUCUGUCCUCCCCGUUGCUUGGCCGCCACUAAAGGAAAAGCUCUGAUCCACCGAUGCCAUACCUGGGUCUCUCUGAAACCAUGUCUCAUUCUCAAUUUGGGGUUCUCGCAUGGAUUUACUCAGGGGGAGAGGGGCCUAAGGGACAAUGUCACUAUUAAUCUAAGAUAAAGGACACUGUUCAGAGUCAAGGUGAUAUAUGGCUUGGUCAUGAAUGAGCUAUUGUAAAUAGAACUACACAAAAGUGUUCUGUCCUCCAAAAGAUAUCUCCUGCCAAAUUCAACAAGAUUCAGAAUGACAGCCAUGAUGAAGGCGGUCAGCAAACCCCCCUUAGAGAAAAGCAGUGUGGACGGUGAGGGGCACAGAGCUGACCCUCACCCCAAGUUCACUGUGUUUCAGGGUAGGGGCUGAAAUAAAUGCAUGAGUAUCUAAAGUGUGUCCAAGCACACAAUUAGGACUGACUCUGUGCUAGAUUCGAUGGGUGCCUGCAGCAUGUUUUUAAUGUUGGCUUCUGGGAUUUUCUGAAUCAUAGGGUGUGAUGGGGAGAGGGCAAAGGAGGGAGGUGCGGGGGUGGCCAUUAGGUGCUGGCUCUGGAGGGCACAGUGCGCCCCGUUUUGUCUAGUGUCUCUCUCUUACGGUUUUCCAGAAUCCAUAACUAAAGGUCAGACCAGUGCACUUGCUGAAGCCAUACAUGUGAGCUGGUUCUAACUGGAAUGCCCCCCUCCUGCAGAAGCCCAGCCCUGUCUUCACUAAUGAGUUCUCUGGUUCUCCUGUGCAUCCCCAGACUUGAUUGAACAGUCCUCCCUCUGUCCUCCCUGUGUCCUCCCUCCUUGUUUGCCAUUGCUGCUAAUGGGGGUCCUUGUGUCUUCCCAUGAUGCUCCUGCUGAUGUUUGUGUCAGGACUCCAUGGAAACAGUAAACCUUUGGUGUUUUAUCCAGUGGGUGUGGUUCACACUAAAACAGAGUUUAAAAAACACAACUAUAAGAUCUGACUUCCAAACAGGACGUUUUUCCUUAGGAGGCACGAGGCUGCCUUUGUGCUAACAGUGUUAAAAUACUCAGUUUUCUUUUGACAAAGCGUGUACUGUGUAAGCCUUGCAAAAAAUAAUAAUAACAACAACAAUGAAGAAAAAGCCUGUUCUAUGGCGUUCGAACUUUUAUAAAAGGUUUCCUUGUGCCAAAUAAGUACAAAGAUUUAAUUUACUAUUUAAACCAUAAACAUGCUAUAGUUCCAGAAAUUAUUUUGUCAUCAGUGAUUUUGAUCUUUAGUGUCAAUAUUUAUAUUUAGAUUAAUUUUUAUAAAUGAAAUAUUUUGAUGGUCUAAGAAAGUGAGGACAGGAAGGAUGCGGUCUCUGACGGCUUCUCGGUGCCUUCACGUCUCACACACUCGGCCAAGAAUCACUGUCAAGAGAAACGACCACGGCCAAGCAGUAAAGUCACCAAUGA